AUGAACAAUACAAGCCAUGAAACAUUGUUCCAGCAGCUUGUCUCGGGUCUUGAUGAAAUCCCCUUGAUGGAUAUUCACUGGUUGAUCUACGUGGCCUUUGGUGCUUGGAUAUGCUCUUCUGCCAUUCACUUCUUGACUUCUUCUUCUACAGUCAAAGUGCCCUUCGUAGGAUACAGAAGCUUCUUUGAGCCCACCUGGCUUCUCCGUCUACGCUUUGUCUGGGAAGGGGGAUCCAUCAUCAGCCAAGGCUACAACAAAUUCAAAGACUCCAUCUUCCAGGUGCGAAAGCUUGGUACUGACAUCGUCAUCAUUCCGCCAAAUUAUAUCGAUGAAGUGCGAAAGCUGUCUCAAGACAAGACUCGCUCUGUAGAGCCGUUCAUCAAUGACUUUGCGGGACACUAUACACGGGGUAUGGUCUUUCUGCAGAGUGAUUUGCAAAAUCGUGUGAUUCAGCAGCGGUUGACGCCGAAACUUGUGGCUUUGACAAAGGUGAUGAAGGAGGAACUCGACUAUGCAUUGAUGAAAGAGAUGCCUGAUAUGAAAGAUGAGGAAUGGGUUGAAAUCGACAUCGCUUCCAUCAUGGUUAGGCUCAUAUCACGCAUCUCGGCCAGAGUCUUUCUCGGCCCAGAGCACUGUCGCAACCAAGAAUGGCUGACGACCACAGCAGAGUAUAGCGAAAGCCUGUUCAUAACGGGCUUCAUUCUCCGUGUUGUGCCUCAUAUCCUGAGACCAUUUGUUGCUCCGUUGCUCCCCUCUUACAGGACAUUGCUUCGCAACGUAUCGUCUGGCCGUAAAGUCAUAGGUGACAUCAUUCGCUCCCAUCAUAGUGAUGAGAACGAGGACAUACUGUCAUGGAUGAGAGAAGCUGCGACUGGGGAGGAGAAACAGAUUGACAACAUUGCUCAGCGGAUGCUCAUCCUGAGUCUUGCCUCCAUCCACACUACGGCAAUGACCAUGACGCAUGCUAUGUAUGACUUGUGUGCUCGCCCUGAGUAUAUCGAGCCUCUUAGAGAAGAGGUCAAAGGCGUCGUUAGUGCUAGUGGAUGGGACAAGACGGCGUUGAAUCGGCUUCACAAACUCGACAGUUUUCUCAAAGAGUCGCAACGCUUCAACCCCGUGUUCCUCUUAACAUUCAAUCGCAUCUACCGCCAACCCAUGACACUCUCAGACGGCACAAAUCUCCCAUCAGGGACUCGCAUCGCGGUUCCCUCGCACGCGAUGCUUCAGGACUCAGCUCACGUUCCAGGCCAAACGCCACCGACUGAGUUUGAUGGCUUUAGAUACUCGAAGAUUCGCUCAGACUCAAACUAUGCGCAGAAAUAUCUCUUCUCUAUGACUGAUUCCAGUAACAUGGCGUUUGGGACCAAGUCUGCCAACUCACGUCCCAUCAUUAUAUGA